UCUGCAGGUUUAAGUUUAUUUAUCAUUGAAGCUCCUCACUGCCAUAAUGAGGCUAGUAAUACUUGAAGAUUAUGAUCAGGCUAGUGAAUGGGCAGCAAAAUACAUCUGUAAUCGUAUUAUCCAGUUCAAGCCAAGCCAAGGAAGAUAUUUCACACUUGGUCUACCAACAGGAAGUACACCUUUGGGAUGCUACAAAAAGCUGAUAGAAUAUCACAAGAAUGGAGAUCUCUCUUUCAAAUACGUGAAGACUUUUAACAUGGAUGAAUAUGUAGGGCUCCCCAGAAAUCAUCCAGAGAGCUAUCAUUCCUAUAUGUGGAAUAACUUCUUUAAACAUAUUGACAUAGAUCCAAAUAAUGCUCAUAUUCUUGAUGGGAAUGCUCCAGACUUACAGGCGGAAUGUGAUGCAUUUGAAAAGAAAAUUGAAGAAGCAGGGGGGAUUGAUCUGUUUGUUGGAGGCAUUGGUCCAGAUGGCCACAUUGCAUUCAAUGAACCCGGAUCAAGUUUGUCUUCAAGAACAAGAUUAAAGACUUUAGCAAUGGACACCAUUUUGGCAAAUGCUAAAUACUUUGAUGGAGACUUAUCUAAAGUACCAGCUAUGGCGCUAACAGUUGGUGUGGGUACAGUGAUGGAUGCUAGAGAAGUGAUGAUUCUUAUAACAGGUGCACAUAAGGCUUUUGCAUUGUACAAGGCAAUUGAAGAAGGAGUCAAUCAUAUGUGGACAGUUUCUGCUUUCCAGCAACACCCUCGUACUAUCUUCGUGUGUGAUGAAGAUGCUACUUUAGAACUGAGAAUUAAAACUGUGAAGUACUUUAAAGGUUUAAUGCAUGUGCACAAUAAGCUUGUGGACCCACUGUACAGUAUGAAAGAAAACUGAAAGAAGAAUUGAAGAGGAACUCCAUGUGGGUCAACAGCAACAGUUUUAGGUAGCAGAUGAGUUCACUGCUAUGCAAUAUGCUGAAAACUGUUUAAAAUGGGGAAUCCUAGGUACUGUAUUUUUUUUUAAAGGUCCAAUAUCUGUACAUUCCCCUUCCAUCUGUAUGCUUUGUUGUGCAUUUUGCUUUUACAUUUGAAGCAUAGCUAAAUGGACAUGGCUGGUCCACAACUAAAUGGAACAGAACAAACCUGUGGGAGACUGCAUGUUACAUAGGGUGGGAAAGCAGAGCAUUUAUUCUGGCACAGCAAUGUAAUGCAUCUGCCUUGUAUAAGACAAAAUAAUAUUUUAUUUCCUGGAAUUGGUAGUUUUGGGCUUGAUUAGUGUAACUACAUUUUGCAUUUGUAUCUCUAGGCAGAAUGGUUUUGGCCUUUGUCAAUACUGUAGACUUGUAAUAGUUGUACAAUUUCUACUAUGAAAUGUUCUGUUUACAUAUCUCAUGUACACUGAGCUAUUGCACUUGGUUGCCUUAAAUUUAUGUUAAGCAGUUUUUGGGCAUCUCAAGUCCUGCUGUACAAUUCAGGCAAAUAAAAAUACAAGAACAGUGCCUAAAAAUGCACCAGAUUCUUGAGAGUUAUAACUUAUUCCACAGAUGAAAAUAUUAAAACUUCUGCCAUAGCACUUUUUCCUCUCAUGUAUUUCAAAUUACUUUAGGAUUUUUAUAUUUUUGGUAAUUGAGCUUUAUACAUAACAAAUCUAAAUGUUCCUUUCUGGAGGUAUCUGUUUAAUUGCACCAUGGAUUUUACUACUAAAUGCCUGAAAGGUGGUUAAUUUACAGGAAUAUAAUGUCCGCAAGUUUAAUACAUGAUCAUUUAAAGUUAACUGUUAAUCACUUUGCAAUAGUUACCUCUUAUGGUAUCAUUAUAAACAUUGAGCUGUUACCAGGAAUGUUAUUUCCUACUUUGAAUAUAAGUAAAACUUAAAUAUA